AUGAAAGGCAGUAAAAUCGAAAGAAUUACAACUCGAUUAACAGAAAAUCUUGGAGCACAAUCCCAGAAUAUGAAAGUUGGGUCACAUGAUGAAGCGGCAUAUUCCAUCGGCCUUGUACGAUGUGCUGCACAUACUCUUCAGUUAGCAUUGCUAGAUGCAUCAAAUAAUGUUAAUACUCGUACACUACUUUUAGAAUCUAGAGAGGUGGUACGACGUUUAAGAACUCCACAACUUGCAAGAAUAAUACGACAGCAAGACAAACUCAUUCCAAAAUUAGAUUGUACCACUAGAUGGCAUUCUACAGUUGAUAUGGCUCAAUUUUUAAUAUCACUAAGAGAAAUAUGUACAACACAUGAACGUUUACACCUGCCAUCGGCUACUUGGAGCGCUUUAGAAGAUUAUGUUAAAUGUAUGACACCUGCUAAAGUACGAACAAAGAAACUGCAAGAAGAGCAAUUAACUUAG